AAAAAAAUGUCUUCCCCUUCCAACGGGAUAGAGAUCAAGCAGGAGGAUGCAUUGGAAGCGGUCGCCUUCUCCAUGGAGCCUGGCGGGACAGAGGAAGGGGUGAAGAGCGAGGUGGCCCCGUACACCCUGGCCUUCUCCACGGAGCAUGUCGCCUGCGUGUGCGAGGCUCUGCAGCAAGGCGGGGACCUGGACAGGCUGGCCCGGUUCUUGUGGUCGCUGCCCCAGAGCGAGCUGCUACGUGGCAACGAGAGCAUCCUGAAAGCCCGGGCGCUGGUGGCUUUCCACCAGGGCCGCUACCAGGAGCUCUUCUCCGUGCUGGAGAGCCACAACUUCGAGCCGUGCAACCACGCCGCGCUGCAGGAGCUGUGGUACAAGGCGCGCUACACCGAGGCGGAGCGGGCCCGCGGGAGACCCCUGGGGGCCGUGGACAAGUACCGGCUCCGGAGGAAGUUCCCCUUGCCGCGCACCAUCUGGGACGGAGAGGAGACCGUGUACUGCUUCAAGGAGAAAUCCCGCAACGCACUGAAGGAGCUCUACAAACACAACCGAUACCCGUCCCCCGCCGCCAAGAGGAACCUGGCCAAGAUCACCGGGCUGUCCCUCACCCAGGUCAGCAACUGGUUCAAGAACAGGAGGCAGCGGGACCGCAACCCGUCCGAGGCGCAGUCCAAGAGUGAGUCAGAUGGGAACCACAGCACUGAAGAUGAAUCGAGCAAAGGUCACGACGAUCUGUCCCCAAAUCCACUCUCCAACAGUUCAGAUGGGAUUUCCAACAUCAACCUUUCCACUCAAGCCGACACCGUGUACAUGCAACAAAUUGGUAAUAAAAUCUCACUGAGCUCCCCUGGGAUGCUGUUGAAUGGAAGCUUGGUGUCCUCCAACCCUUCAUCUGUCUUCUUAAACGGGGGCUCAUUUAUCCAAGGACCCAACGGAGUGCUCCUUAAUGGUAUCAAUAUGGCCAACUCGCAAACUGUGGCGCUCAAUUCACCGAAACUGGCCUCCACCAUUAUAAGCAACGGUGCCCCGAACUCCGACCUUUUGGUGUCUUCUUCUGAGGAUGUCAAAGUUCUGCAGACUGGCCUGUCAGAUUCCUCCUCAACGUACACUACAAACCUCCAGUCCUCUUUCCCGGGCUUAAUACCUCCCUCUGAAAUUAAGGCAGAGGCCAUCCAGCCCAUCACCUCUCAAGAUGGCGGAACAGUUGUUACAUUCACCACUCCCAUACAGAUAAACCCCUACGGCAUUGUGCACAUACCCAAUUCAGGAACAAACGCUCAGUUAAUUAAUGGAAGCAUUGGAUUCUCCACACUCCAGUUGCCCUCUGUCGCCGUCUCUCAAGGAAAUCUUGCCCUUGCUCACGGUACUUCCGACGGAGGGACGUUUACAAGCGACACGAUCUCCAACAGCGAUCAAGGGAAAGUGUUCCUCAGCUCCCUGCCGCACAGCACAGUGGUGUACACCGUUCCUCAUUCUAUAAAACAGGACGGCCUGGAACGCAGCCUUGUCUUCUCUCCGUUAAUGCCUGUCAAUCAAAACACAGCACAAGUGAACAUUAGCAUGUCUUCAGAGGACGCCUUGCAGUCCGUUGCCGCCUCAUUAGUAAACGGAACUAACGCACCCAAUUUUGCCCUCGCUCCUACUACCUUAAUAACCGCAGCCGGGCAGCUCGCUUCUGUUACAGGGCAUCAGCCGUCAGCCGUCAACCAGUCCAUCUCAGCAUCAGUCGCCUCCACCACCACCAGUGUCACACCCACUAGUAACGCAAACUUUGCACCUCUUCCAAACUGUCACUACAUCACUACCCAAGACCUGUUGUCGGUUUCUACAGCACACUCAGACCUAGGGUUACGCCUCUCCACGAAUAGCAAUAAUAACACCAGCCACUCGGUUCCUCAAGCCCAUCAGGAUUUCAACAGCCAGCACAAUCUGGUCCUGCAGCCCGUCCCCGAGGCAAAAGAGAAUUACUUACCCGUGUCCCAGAACACCACUAUUAGUGGCAGCGUCAUGCUGUUGGAUGCAAAAAACAAGUACAUCCUAAGUGGUAUGGUCAACCACGGCUGCGAGGAACUUGACGGUGACAAAAAAGAGCUGGUCAAGCUUCAGAAUGUUCAGAUGGACGAAGAUAUGCAAGACAUGUAA